AUGGAUCGCUGGUGCAGGAUUGUUCCCUUCAUGGUUCUGGCCUUUCAGGCCUUGAUAUUAACGACGACAGCACAAGCGAUUGACAGUGAAGAGUUUGCUUAUGCCGAAGAUAGCUCCACCUAUCGCACACUGCGUUGUCCUAUCUCUUCGAGUUACAGCUCAUCCACCACGUACAUUGAUGAUCUGAAAACGUAUGGGUUCUGCUACAUCGGCGGAGAGGGAUAUCAUCAAGUCGACACAUCAUGCCGUGGAAGCACGGUCUACUACACCGGGUGGUCAUCAGGGACGACGGCGGGUAUCAACAGCGCCGAUGAACCGGAAACAGUCACAGUUACCGGUUCCCGACGAACGCUUGCCGGACUCCCCUCUUCGACCUCAACAGAUGACAGCGAUUCAGAAAGCCGAACCGAUGACACGAGGCCAAGUGAACCGGGAAAGGGUGGGCCUAGCCCAGGCGUUAUUGCCGGCGCGGUGAUUGGAGCCCUCGCCGGCGUUGCUCUGAUUGCCGGCGCCCUAAUACUCGGUUUCCGUAUAGGAAGACAGCAUCCUGCUCUGGAUAACCAAGAGUCGGGGUCGAAGAAGACCUUCAGGGACACCAUAAGUUCCCUUCCACGACCAACUAUCGCAUGGAGUCGCCCCAACGCCAAAGGGACCCCCGAAAGGGACCUGCAGAAUGAUGUUUCCGUCCUCCAGGUGAAUUUCUCAGAUGAUACCACUACGAAGAGGGCAUCCGAGCUGCCGAGCCCCGCACCUCAGAGUCCAGUGAAUCAAGUACAAAGCAUUCCACCCCCAAUCAGCCCCCAGCCUUACUCUACAGCUGCGGUUGAGAGUCACAGGGUUGAACUCCCAACUGGGCUCGAGUCUCAAGGUUGGGCUAGGUCGGACGCACAUCCAUUGCCGUAUGAGGUUGACGCGCAGCCGCAGACGCAUGAAGUUGACGGAACGCCGAACAAUAGGACAUCGUCACCAUAA